ACCUUUUUAUGUCGACUUAAAGUAAACAAUUGAGAAUUCAUAACACAUAUUGAUGAUAGUGUUCAUGAUAUUAACGUGAUCAACUCUUCCCAAGCUUUAGUCGUUAUUUGGAGUUCACUAGAGCUCUAAGGCUCCGGCAAAGAUUAAAAUGUAUCAUAUAUAUUUUUCUUAAUUUAACUUAAUAAAAUAAUAUGAUAAAAUCUUUAGCUCGCAUAUAAGCUUUUUCAAGUUUUUCGACAUACUGUGAUACAUUGUUUUGAUCUCGUUUUCUUUAUAUUAAUACUUUUUACUAAUUUAAUUAUUUCUUCAAAAUGGAAUUUCUGACGCGCAAAGUCAAAUCCUACAAUCACACUGACAGUCGUCAAAUGAAUGGCUCUAGCGAAAAUCACAAAAGCAAACGGAGCGAGACCGCAAUGAGUCCAGCGCCCCCCGCGCAACGAGACAAAAGCAACGCGUUCGCUGCUGUCAGGCAGUCGCAAACUGUCGGCAGUGGAAAGUGCACGUCUGUCGUGAUGGAACGCGAUCGUAUCGGACUAUGGGGAAGCGGCGACGGCCAGUCCGUCAGCCGAAUCUCCGGCCUCGACCGUCUGAAGCACCCCGGACUCAACAAGGGUAUGGCGUUCUCCAUCGAGGAGCGCCAGGUUUUGGGUAUCCACGGACUGCUGCCGGCGAGGGUCAAGAGCCAGGAGGAGCAGGUGCAGCUCUGCAAGCUGUCCAUCGACCGCUACGAGGACCCGCUCAACAAAUAUAUCUAUCUAAUGAGUCUAUUGGACCGCAACGAGCACCUAUUCUACCGGUUCGUCGGGGAGAACGUCUCGGAAAUGUUGCCUAUAGUGUACACACCCACUGUUGGGCUGGCGUGCCAGAAGUAUGGGCUCGUGUACCGCCGCCCCAGGGGACUGUUUAUAACCAUCCACGACAAGGGCCACAUCUACGAUGUUCUUAAGAACUGGCCAGAGACGGACGUGCGAGCGAUAGUGGUGACUGACGGGGAGCGGAUCCUGGGCUUGGGUGACUUGGGCGCGUGCGGCAUGGGCAUCCCGGUGGGCAAGCUGGCGCUGUACACCGCUCUGGCCGGCAUCAAGCCACACCAGUGCCUGCCCAUCACACUCGAUGUGGGCACGAACAACCAAAACAUGUUGGACGACCCGCUGUACAUCGGGUUGCGGUCUCGACGAGUACGUGGCGCCGCCUACGACGAGUUCUUGGACGAGUUCAUGCAGGCAGUGGUCCGCCGGUUCGGACAGAACUGUCUCAUACAGUUCGAGGACUUCGCCAAUGCUAACGCGUUCCGACUGCUCGAGAAGUAUCGCGGAAAGUACUGCACGUUCAACGACGACAUUCAGGGGACCGCUUCGGUGGCGGUGGCCGGAUUACUCACCAGCUUAAGGGUCACAGGCAAGAAGCUCUCGGAGAACACCAUCGUCUUCCAAGGGGCUGGAGAGGCUUCGCUAGGAAUCGCCGAGUUAUGCGUGAUGGCGAUGAAAGCCGAAGGCACGAGCGAGGCGGACGCGCGCGGCCGCAUCUACAUGGUGGACUCCAAGGGGCUCAUCGUGAAGAACCGCCCUGAAGGAGGCCUUAACGAGCAUAAGGAGAAAUUCGCCCAUGAGCAUGCGCCAGUGCGAACCCUUGAGGAAGUGAUCGACUUGGUCAAGCCUUCCGUCCUUAUUGGUGCGGCGGCUAUAGGCGGUGCGUUCACCCCGUCGAUACUGCGCAAGAUGAGCACCUACAACGACAGGCCGGUCAUAUUCGCGCUCUCCAACCCCACCAGCAAGGCGGAGUGCACCGCCGAGGAAGCAUACAGCAACACAGACGACCGCGCCAUCUUUGCGUCGGGCUCGCCGUUCCCCGACUACCGCACGAAGGACGGGCGUACGCUGCGACCGGGGCAGGGCAACAACGCGUACAUCUUCCCCGGCCUCGCGCUCGGCAUCAUCUGCGCCGGCAUCGUCGACAUCACCGACGACUUCAUGCUGCUCGCCGCUGAGGCCUUGUCAGAGAUAGUAUCUCAAGAAGACCUGGACCAAGGAAGCCUAUAUCCGCCUCUUGAAAAAAUACAAGAAUGCUCAAUCAAAAUCGCGAAGAAAAUUGUUGAACGCGCAUACGAUUUAGGCAAAGCAUCAGUGUUCCCGCAGCCAAUAGACACGGAAAAGUUCAUCCGCGCUCAAAUGUACGACGUUGAUUACUCGCCGGCCGUGCCGCCCGUCUACUCGUGGCCUCACGACGGACCCGUGGUGGAUAUGAUAUAGCCUAACCUUAACUGAUCUGACUCGCAUCACAAUAAAUAAUGAUCAAAUAAAUAUAAAGCUGUUUAUUAAAGGAGUAAUUGUGAUUCUGAACUACGCUCACUAAAGUUUGGCUGAAUUCUUUUAAAUUGCUAACGGCCACUUAGUAAUAAAACUCCAGUAAGACAGACCAGAUACUGUACUUGCAUACAUCCACAUUUUUUUUCAACAAACUAUUAUUUUUAUAUAUUGUUAUAUCAAGCAAUAUAAAGAUCAAAGACAGUGUGAGUUUUUUUUUUUGUUUUGGGUAAAUUAAAAGCUGCAAGUUCAAAAUUAAGAUUUUUUUAAGCAGCAAAAGAACAUGGUAAGCAGGUACACUAACCUUGUUCUUUAAGAUGCAAGUAGACUAUGAAGAGUGUACAGUUCAGAAAUAGAUAGAACAUCCAUGCGGUAUAGAAAAUAUUUAAAAAAAAAUGCAAACUCCUCACAAAUCAAAAAAGACGUGAUAAUUUCGCCAUCCCUUCAAAGCAAAACUAAAGAUGAGUGUUAUUAUGUGACUGAAACUGGAUUGACCUGUAUCUAUCUAAUUAUCUAAUGGCCGACUAUGAAAAAGGCCUAAGUCGUCUUUAAUGGUCAAUUUAUACUAGCACUGAGUCGAAGCGCAUCGAAGUGAAUUUCAAGAACGUAAAGCAAAUGCAUAUUAUCUCCGUAACGCAAUGCAUAUAUUCCUUCUAAGAUAUAGAGGUAAACGGAUUUUUGUGUCUAAAAUAAAAAUAAUAUUAUGCAAAGAAGCGUGCUAAGUACGCUGAUUAUCAGCUCAGAAGAAAUUACGAAAAUAAUAGUGAAUUUGUUAUUUUACUCUGCGCUCGUAUGGAUUGACCAUUGAAGGUCAGUUUAGCAGAAAUGAUUUGCGAUGUAUAAAAUUGUUAGUGCAUUGGUAUUUUUUACGAGCCGAUCCUACAUUUUAAAGUACCUUACAAUGUAAAUUUUUAAGCAAUACAAGUAGGGUCUUUAUCAUCAUUUAAAUUAUCCUGCCAUGAUACCUGACAUAUAAAUAAUUAUUUAUAAUUGUAUGUAAUCAUUUAGAUAGGUCGAAGUGAUAACUAUUUCAAUCUAUUUAUUUCAUUUAUCAUACUAGGUACCUGUUCUGUUCAAAAAUCUUAUUUAUUUCUAGGUAGUAUAGUGAAUGUUCUAAAACUUCUCAUUCCAAUUUUUGUAAUUGCGUACAUUUUGUACAAUUUAUUUUAAUUUGGUUUCAUAGAAAGCAUUUAAUAAUAUCCACAAAAAAAUAGUUCAUUCCACUACACACUUAUUACUUUUGACUUCUUGUAAGGUACGCAUUAGGUUAUUGCAAAUUUAAAAUAUAACCUUUUUAUUAAGUUUAUACGAAUUUUAAUGUGGUAUUUUUAUUUUUUUAAUGUUAAAAUAUAUUUAUGGAAACUGAGAA